UUUGCUCGAUUAAUUGUGCGAAUGUGUAUUUCCCGUCUUAAUUUUCUGCCGUAAUCAAGUACCGUGCACUUGAUACCAAUUUAAUUUGAUUGUAAUCACUUCGCUGAAACUUUGUAUUGCUUAAUAAAUAUCAAUUAACAAAGGUUAUAUACUGAAAAAAUACGGAGAAUAUUACGUACACCAUAGCUAAUUGAUAAUAUUGAACGAGUGUGUCUUUCAAUCUAAAACUAAGUGAUAUGGCGUUCGCCCAAAAUUUAGUCAGGUGCUCCAUAAAGGCUGCUGUAAGCAAAAACCAUUUUAGCUUAGCGAAAACAGCAAGCAACUUCGGUGCCUAUCAGUUAUCAACCCAAUUCAAUUCGUUACAACCUUUACGAACAUUUUCGAUCGGCUCACAACUGCAUCAAGAUGUGAAUGUGACGUUCUUGCGCGCAAACGGACAAAAAAUACAGGCGAAAGGAAAGGUCGGGGAUACACUACUUGAUGUGGUGGUAAAUAAUCAUAUCGAUUUGGAUGGUUUUGGGGCAUGUGAGGGAACUUUGACCUGCUCUACAUGUCAUUUAAUUUUCAAAGUACAAGAUUUCGAAAAACUACCCGACAAGGCCAGUGAUGAAGAACUAGAUAUGUUGGAUCUGGCAUAUGAGCUUACAGAUACUUCCCGUUUAGGAUGUCAAAUAACACUUACUAAAGAUAUGGAUGGGCUCGUUGUGAGUGUGCCAGCAACAAUUAAUGAUGCUCGUAGCGCGUAACCAAUGUUAAACACUUGUAAAUUAAUUUUGCACUUGACGCAAAUAAAUAUAAAUUUAAGGAAUACUCCCAUGUAUAUAUGUACAUACUAUAGAAAUUCGUAUCAUGCAGAAUUUUAUUAAAAAGAAGAAGAAGAAAAUGUGUUCAUUACUCCGACGUCAACGAUAAUUUUUGAUUGUCCGGAUGUUGCUUGCAUAAAUGAAUAUAAUAUUUGUAUAUUCGAUGCCAGUUGAACAUAUUCUGAUACACUUAGAUAUGUAUGUGUUUAAACGUUGUAGUUCAAAUAAUCCCUGCCCAGAAAAUUAAACCAGUAAGAGUAAAUAAAAGAAUAAUAGAAGAAUUUUAACUACUUAUUUUUUAUAAAAUAAAUAAAUAUGUAUUUAUGUAUGGUUGCGCUCAAAAGUCAAUAUGAAACAAUUUUUGUUAGAAUUACUCCGAUUUCAUUAAUAUAUGUAUGUAUGCUCAAAGCAAAUAUCACGAAAA